AUGACCGUGGACAAACCGAAGAGCAGAACGCUCGACUAUACCCUACGAGCGAUACAGCUCAUUUUCGCCAUCAUCGUCAUGGGAAUAGACGGCUAUGCUAUUCACAUAUUUCACGGCCACACUGUUUACGAACACUUCGACUUCGGCAACUUCUACGAUUACUACGGCAUCCCUAAUGCGUGGGGCUUCUUGUUAUUCUGCGCUGCCUGGACAAUUUUGAUCAUUCUCUUCCACUACCUUGCCGGAUUUAUCUUCGCGGACCAUCGAUGGUUUACCUAUGCUCAUGCUGCCGUCGAGGCUGUGGCUGUCCUCUCAUGGCUUGCUGGUUUCAUUGCCGUCGCUAUACAAAUUUCGUCCAAUUCAUGUUCGACAGGAAAAAGCCCAUGUGGAUUGCUCGAGGCAGCGACAGUAUUUGGAGCACUGGAGUGGUUGUUAUUCAUGGUUACUGCAGCCCUGACUGUCAAGCAUGUACUAUAG